UAUAUAGGUUAAAACAUAUUGCUUGAUUAAUGUUGUCUCAAACACUCACACGCACGCACGCGCGCACACACACACACACACGCGCGUGCGCACACACACACACACACGCACACACACACACACACUUUUUACUCAUGGAAAAGGGAGCUCUGUACAAACAUCUAUAAAUACAUCAAGUUCACCCCAGAACAGGAAACUAAUUAAUUGUUUUCCCAGAUUAGUGCUCAGUGAAUCAGAGAGCAAAAAUGGUUUUUGGUUUGAAAUCAAAAGCGAAACGGUCUUAUAUGGAGUGUGGAGAUAAAGCUCUAGCAUCAACUCCAGUAAUAAUAAAUGAAAGAGGAAAGCGAAGUGUGAUUUCCACAGAGUCGUGUUUCCGCCUGUGUUUUUUGGAGAAUGGAGAAGAUGUGAAGUUAUCCUGGUACAGAGAGAAUGAGAGAAUCUCCAUCACCAAUAACACAGAUCUCAGUGUUCCCCUCAAUCUCCCACUUCAAAUACAACACAAUGACACUAACACUUACAUCUGUGUGUCUGCAAACCCUGUCAGCAAUAAAACAACUUCUCUCAUCAUCACACAGCUCUGUGACGUCUCAGACAAAUCUGAUGAUUCUCCUUCACUGCUUCCUGUCCUGAUAUCAGCUGGAGUUUUCCUGCUACUAAUACUAACAGGAUUUGUGUGGGUUUGGCUAAAAAGAAAAAACAACAAGCUCCUAAAGAAACUUGAGGAAGUGGCUUUCACUGAGGUGACAAUUACAGCUCACAGCGCAGAGAGAGUUAAAAAGGUAAACAUCCAAAUCAAACUGUUCAAAUAAUCAUGAUGUGAAAUG